AUGGAAACCAAAUUACACCCGGCCGUCACGGUUUCAAAUAUCAAGACCGCCAUCCCGGUGACCCUUGAGAUGGAAACCGGCCACUGGUCCACCUGGUCGGAACUCUUCAAACUUCACUGCAAAGCGUUUCAGGUUUAUGAUCGCCUUCUGCCACGUUCUCCGCCUGCCGUCUCUUCUUCAACCGAUAAAGACAAGGCUGUUGAUUCAUCCAUAACUAAAGAAGCCUGGGAGCGACUUGACUCCAUUGUCCUUCAAUGGAUUUAUGGAACAAUCUCUCAAGACCUUGUUCACACCAUCAUUAAACCCGGUACUACGGCACAUCAAGCAUGGACCACUCUCGAAAACCUGUUCCAAGACAACAAGAGUGCACGGGCACUUCAUCUUCGCCACCGAUUCACAAACACCAGACUUGAAAACUUCGCCAACGUUUCUGCUUAUUGUCAAGAACUAAAAGUUUUGUCGGAUCAGUUGGCCAACGUGGGGCAUCCGGUGGAUAAUGAUGCCCUCGUUCUCCAAUUAAUCGCAGGAUUUAAGGACCAAUACGAAGGCAUCGGGAUUGUGCUUCAAGGUCAGGACCCACUGCCACAAUUCGCCACGACUCGGUCAAAGCUUUGCCUUAUCGAGUCACGGAAACAAGAACAAGCCCUUCAAGCUGCCAAGACCACCGGCACGGCCCUCACAACAUCCUCUCGCCCGUCCUCUUCUCAGCAACCAACCGAGCACACUUAUGACCGAGUCAGGGGACGCGGUGGUCGCUCUCGCGGUAGAGGCAGGGGUCGCGGACGCCAAGCAUGGGGUCGCGGACAGCCCACUUACCAUCCAUGGCCCAAUCACCCUCACUCCUACUGGCCACUUCCCUACGGCCCAUGGCCCAACCCGCCUAAGCAGUCUCCAUAUCCGACCCAUUGGGCCCCUCCCCCUUGCCCUUAG